AUGGAGGACCCUGGUCUGUUGAGUGCAUUUGUUGACAACCUUGUGUCGAAAUUGUUCUCGCUCGCAGAGGAGAAAUACAAGCUGUACAAGGGUUUUGAAGGAGAUGUGGAUUUCCUAAAGAGAGAACUUCCCAUGAUCACAAGUGCCAUUGAUGGGCAGCUAUUGGGACUGGAUGAUCACCAACUGCGUUUAUCAGUUGAAGAAUUGCGCCAAAUAGCUCAUGAAAUGGAGGACUGUAUAGACCACAUCAUGUAUGAUGCAUCUUGGGAACAGCAAUGGUCAUGGUACAAACCUAAAUUUGGGAAAAAGAGAAAAUCCCGUUCACAGUUAGGAGAAGAGAUGCAGCUACUAAGGUGCAGGUUGGAGGAAGCACUCCAGCGGCAGCAGAGGUAUACAGUGUCCCGUCCAUCCACAUUCCAGCUGGCAGAAUCAUCCUUGGAUCAGCACAUCCUUCCGGCUAAUCUGGUUGGCAUCGAGACACCCUUUGAGGAGCUUCUGGAGCAGUUGGCAGAAAUGGAGGACCAACCCAAGCAGCUGAAGGUGAUCUCCAUAGUUGGGUUCAGUGGAUUGGGGAAGACCAUCCUUGCCCGGGAGCUGUACGACAGCGAGAUCGGCAAGAAAUUUGAGGAAAGGGCAUGGGUUUCUGCAGUUCAUGGGGGACCCGAGCAAGCUCUUAACAGAGAUACUCAAGAACCUGAAUAA